AUGGCGCUCCGCCAAAUUACGAUCGCUUUUCUCCUCGCCCAGCGGGCAACGUCUAGACUAAUACCCCGGGACUUGGUCAUUCCCACCAGUCUACCAAAUAACUGGACAUAUGUAGGAUGCUAUGUCGACAACCUCGAUGGUCGAGCGCUCGCGCUCGACGGGUACAACAAUGCAACUUCUAUGACAGCCGAAAGCUGUAUUCUGUAUUGCAUGGACCGAGGAUACCCGUUCGCUGGGACAGAAUACUCAUCUGAAUGCUACUGUGGAGACAAAGUAGAUGAAGCUGCGACCAAAGCAGCUGACACGGAAUGUUCCAUGGCAUGCUCUGGCGAUGCCACGCAACCAUGCGGCGCUGGCAAUAGGCUCAGUGUCUUCACUGGCCAAGUGUCGGAGCCAGUACCUCCUGCACCAAUAGCUGGGUGGGCAUAUGAGGGUUGCUACAGUGACGAGCCUGGUAGAACACUUACAUUCGGAGCUCAAGUUCCUGGUGGCGCUGCUGCUAUGACAAACGAUCUAUGCACUGCGGCCUGCGCGUCUGCCGGGUACCCCCUGGCUGGAACCGAAUACUCAGGCGAGUGUUACUGUGGGCAAGUAUACUCCAACGGAGGCGCCCAAGUGCAGAAGGGUUGCAACAUGGUCUGUAAUGGCAAUUCCACCCAGAUAUGUGGCGGAUCGAACCGAUUGAGUGUCUGGUCUCGGAUCGGGUCUGGAUCAAAUCCGACCUCGACAAUCUCCACAACGGCGGUGCCAUCACCUACAGGCAGCGGCAGUCCUGCAGCGAUUCCCGCGCCGUGGUCUUACAAAGGCUGCUACAGCGAAGGAACCAGUGGGCGUGCCUUCUUGAACCAGCAGCCAGACAGUCAAACAUUGACCAUUGAGUCUUGUGUUAACGCAUGCAUCGGCCUUGGAUACGGUGUGGCUGGAAUGGAGUAUGCUCAGCAAUGCUUUUGUGACAACUUCUUACGCAAUGGGGCCGCUCUGGUUGGAGAUUCAGACUGUAGCAUGGCCUGCACCGGCGAUGCGUCGCAGAAGUGCGGUGCUGGUAACCGGUUGUCUGUGUACUCUAACGACACUCUGGUGAUUUACCAGCCUCCCACACCACAGACGACUGGUCUUCCCGGGUCCUGGGAAUACGUUGGGUGUAUCUUAGACGACAUCGAGUCACGUUCACUGCCUUGGAUGUCAAUCGAUAUUGAGAAUAUGACUGCGGCAAGCUGCAUAGCCGGCUGCUCAGAGUUCGGAUACGAAGCUGGCGGUAUAGAAUACGGGUAUCAAUGCUUCUGCGGUGACAUUGCCGAUGUCGUCAACAAGGGACGAGACGUCUUACGGCCUGAGACGGAGUGCAAUGUCGCCUGCCCUGGCGAUCCAACCCAUCUCUGUGGCGGUGGAAACAGGUUGACCUACUAUAAUUGGAAAGGAGAGACAUUGACAACCUGGUCAUACGCUCAAGGCGCAGCUGCGGGUAGCUACGACUUCAUCAUGUCAGCCCCAAUCAUCCCCUUGAUUAGUACUGUCGGCAUCAACGAGAAAGUUGUCUUUGUAGAAAAGCAUGGCACCUCAAAGGAGAACAACAGCACUGGCUCCUUCGAGUUUGACCCAAGUCUCGCGCCCGAUUAUGGCACGGCUUUCAGGGAGCUCCAACUCAAAACGGACGUCUUCUGUUCUGCCUCUCUCGUCAUGCCUGAUAAGGCAGGAAGACAAAUCAACAUUGGAGGCUGGGCAGGAGAAGAUCUCCAUGGUGUCCGUCUGUACACCCCGGACGCUCCCCUUGGCACUCAAGGCUCAACACAGUGGGAGGAAGAUGUCAAUGCUCUCAGACUGAUGGACCCGCGCUGGUACCCCACGGCCUGCACUCUUUCCAACGGAAGUAUCUUCAUCAUCGGUGGCGAAGAUGGGUCGGAUGGCCCCAUGGUUCCUACUGCUGAAGUGUUGCCUAAACCUGCCGGUGUCACCCAAUCGACAUACCUAAGCUAUCUCAACCAGACGACCAUCAAGGUCAACUCUUACCCCUUCGCUGCUGUGCUUCCUUCCGGGAACAUGUUCUUUGCGCAGUACAAUGAGGCAAGAGUCAUCUCGCAGGUUGACUUCAGCACAGUCAAAGUUCUCCCUCGGAUGCCCGGUGCCGUCAACAAUCCUGACUCGGGGAGAAACUACCCCCUUCAAGGAACACUGAGCUUGUUGCCCCAGCAUGCACCGUAUACCGAUCCUCUAGGAGUUCUCAUCUGCGGUGGCACCACCGACGGAGCCAACUUUGCUCUCGAUAACUGCAUUUCUACUCAACCUGAUGUAGCUGGUGCCGAUUGGGUAAUUGAGCGCAUGCCAUCGACACGUGUAGUCUCAUGUAUGGUGGGUCUGCCGGACGGCCGGUACCUCAUCAUGAAUGGCGCAUACAACGGCCGCGCUGGCUUCGGCUUGGCACCAAACGGCAACCGCGGCGCCGUGUUGUAUGAUCCUACCAAGCCCGUGGGUGCGCGCAUGACCCAGCUGGCGAACAGCACUAUAUCACGACUAUACCACUCGGAAGCUGUUCUCAUGAACGAUGGCCGGGUCCUUGUUUCAGGAUCGGAUCCAGAGGACAACGUCAACCCUCAGGAGCACCGUCUGGAGUACUUCUCUCCGGAUUACAUCCUCUCGGGAGCAUCCAAGCCGACGUUCACCAUUAACAACAAGGACUGGGCCUACGGUCAGACAGUGUCAUUCACGUUGACGUCGGCUGUUUCCGGCAACAUCAGAGUCUCGCUCAUUGGUGCUGUUGGGUCGACGCACGGCAAUAGCAUGGGCCAGCGAACACUGUUCCCUGCCGUCAGCUGCACCGGGACGUCCUGCACGGUGACCGCACCGCCGAAUGCUAGGGUCAGCCCUCCUGGCUGGUUCCAAAUGUUCGUUCUCGACGGGCCGACCCCGAGCCAUGCCGUCUGGGUCCGCGUGGGUGGAGAUCCGGCUGGCAUUGGCAACUGGCCAGACCUGCCCGGCUUCACGCACCCAGGGGUUUAG